GGGCCUCAAAAUCUAUCAACCAGUGUGAAGAUGAAAGAUAUUAUUUAAAAGGCUCUUCCAGAUGCUGCAAGAAGUGUCAACCAGGCUUCCAUGUGUAUUCCGACUGCACAGAAUCCGAGGGCACUAUGUGUAGAAAAUGUAACAGCGGUGAAUACCAGCCCGGAUGGACCGAUGAGAACCACUGUCUCCAGCAGAAGAUCUGCGACGAGCAUAAGGGUUUCAAGAAGCGGCUUGAGAACUCGAUGGCGGAAGAGCCGUGCAGCUGCCGCUCCGGCCUCCAGUGCAGUCCCAUCAACUGCGAGUUCUGUGAGAAGAUACCCACCUGUGGCGCUGGGUAUGGACUGGAGGUGGACCCCGAGUCUUCUGAUGAAAUGAAGACGUGUGUUCCGUGUCAGAAAGGCUUCUUCUCUGCUGAGAACAGUGCCGAACAAUGCAAACAAUGGACUAGUUGUAAUGCGGAGGGCAGGAGUGAGAUGCAGCCCGGCAGCGCCCAGGCAGAUGCAGUGUGUGGACACCCUGUCUCUGCCCCCUCCUGGGUUAUCGUUUCUGUUCUGUCAGUCAUCACGGUGCUGUGUCUCCUCGUCCUGCUGCUCUUCUGCUACAAGGACAAACUGAAGUUACUCUCAGUAAACCUGCGAUCAUGUGUCCAGAAUCUGAAGAGGACUAGGAUUCAACAGGAGACCUUGGCCCCUCUUUACCACAGUGUAGCAGGAGUAGGCCACAAAUCUACUCCAUGUGAGAUGACUAAACUCGUCUGCCAAGCGCCCCACAGCCCCGCCAAUGACCUCCAGUGCACCUUCCCCACCUCUGUCCCCGAGGUCAAGGUUUCCCUGCCCUUCACGGGGGAAAUGACGGAGGAAAAAGGGUCCAAGGAGAAGACGGUGAUGGAGGAUCAGAGCAAAGGGUCUGGAGAGCCCGAGGAGGUGUCAGAAGAUGAGGGGAUCGUGGUUGCGUCUCCUCUCCUGGCAGGCUUGUGUGUGUGUGUCAUUCCCGUCAGCGAGCCACUGGAAGUCGGGGAGAACGAGGACUGCAGUCAGGCGGUGAACCCCGGGACCCCAGGAACCUGCUCCUGUGGAGGGCUGGACGGAGACUGGGAGAGCGGGAGAGAGGAGAAAAGUGGGGAUUCAAAUCAAGAAAAGAUGGCUUUGUCCCCUGGUGUUGCACCUCUUGUCUCUCUUUCUCCUCCACCCCUCCGCACCUCCUCCGAUGUCCCUUCCUCCACACUUGAGCUCUGCCUGCCGUUGUCUCAGGCUCAGGUGAGGCCAGAGUUUAAACCUCACCUCACUGACAGAUUGCUGGUCAAACAGGAGGACUUAUACAGACUGAAAAGUACAGACUCCAGUUUAACAGACACUUCGGUCAGCCCAUUGCUGACUUCCUCCUCUGUUGGAGAUCUCUACCUGGACCCUGAGACCUCCAGCCCGGAGCAGUGGGGGGUCAGCAGGGGAAACAAGCUCUCCUCGGGGGGGUCGGAGCUGGAGUGCUCACCUGAGAGCCUCCACAGUCAACUGGCUGACCCAACUCCUACCUCAGAAACCUUUAGACACUGCCAAGGAGAAACAUCUCCGGGAAACGGAUUGUGGCUCCAACACUGAGGGGUUAUGGUUAGUACAAAAGCAGUAUUAUCAGAACUGAUCGGGUAUUAUUAGGUGACCAAGCUGAACGCAGCUA